AUGGAUGAAGAACGACGCACCAAGAUUGUAACCGCACUGCGCCAGUAUCGCGAAACAGUGUUGCAGCAUAACCUCUUCUUGCUGCGCAUUCUGUCGCCGCGAGGUCUACUCAACGACAAUGUGCGCACCGAGUUUAUUAGAUUGGCUAGCCUGGACGGAGUCUGUAACCUUGCAGUGAAUCUGAAGCAAAGAGAGGAAUACUUUACUGGCCUCCGGAAUCGCAUCGCAGAGAAGAACGUCGAGGUAGCAGAAUUACCCCCGGUCGACUUGGAGUACCUCUGUACGCUUGUCAGUGGCAUCACUGGCCCGGGACUGCCGUUGCACCGCGAGGCACAACAAACCGAUUUUGUAUCUUCCAUCGAAGAUGGAGGGCUGAGUGACAUGACAGAAAAUGUCACUGUGCCCAUUCGGGACAAUGAAGUAGAAAGUUACAAUGACUUCAUAGAUCUUUGGGAGGAGUGGGAGGUUUCUAUAGCAUUCAAGAUUGGUGGUAGUCUAUUUUGGGGCGGCUCUUAUGCCCUCUAUUGCCGUAAUCAGAACAAUGAACAAUGGAACUGGAGGUACGCUGUUCAUGAUGGAGACUGGCGCAGCAAUCUUUAUGAUAGUGUUGAGGAAUUUCUUGGCUUCUAUGCCCACUUCGGAGAAGAGACAGAGGAAGACAUUAGGAAGGAAAUUAGAAGGUUAUUAGGACCUAUCAGAAGUAUCUAA